AUGUUUCCAAUCGGUAUAAGUUUCAGUCUUUUCAAAAGAAUGCCAAGGAUUAUGGCUCUUUUACUAAAUAUAAUAACUAUUUUUCUGACUGUCUUUCUCUUAGUUGGUUGUUGCAGUAGUAGUUACUUAUCAAUCUUUUUAAUAAAAUACCAAUUUAAUGAUGAGUCUGAAUUUUACAGCACAUUGAAAGAGAACUUUUCCUAUGAUGGUAUGGAAGAUAUUACUGUAAAAGUUGGAUAUUUAAACAUAUGUUUAACAAACCUACCAGAUCAAUAUUUGAAUAGUCUAAGUUCUGCACAAUUUUCUAAUAUAACUUCUGAUGUUAGUAUAAAUGGUCAUACAAUCUGUUAUCCUAAACAUAAUUUUUCAGAAACUACAAUAUAUGAUGAUUUCGCAAUUAAUUUAAUCAAAUCGGGAACUAGCUCGAACUCUUCAUUAUCAAGUGACGUUUCAAACACCUUAAAUAUAUUAAAAAUAGCCAAUGUUACUUCAAAUUCUAUUAUUCAUCCAUAUAUUCUGAUUGCAACAAUAGUACUAGUAUGUUUAAUGUUUUUAUUAAUAAUGUACGUUACUAUUCCCUUUGAAUUACCGUUGAAAACGCAAAUCAAUAAACUAUUAUUGAUUUGGAGUGCUGUUUUAGUAUUAGUCUGGGGGUUUGGUACGAUUUGGAGCCAUGUAGCUAUUGAAUCGUCUCGUGACUUAAUACCAGAUUCAAGUUUCAAUAUAAUAAAAGUUGAGAAUGGAAAAAAAACCAGUGCAAUGUCAUGGUGUAGUUUCGUAUUUUUACUAUUGGAUUGUAUAAUAUUGUGGGCAUUAUACAUUAGAGAUCGCAAAUCAAUGAGUCAAGAAAUUGAGGAGAUGAACAAUAAGAAUAAUCCAUUUAAUGACAAGUAUUACAACAAAUAUAUGUCAGAAUCCUCAACAAUUAAUUCAAAUAAUAAGUAA